ACGUGAUUGGCGUGCAUCCUUCGUGGUUGGAAAAUGUUUCUUCACGCGUUCUCCCGUAAUUUAAUAGAAUGAACUUGACAGGAAAUUAUUGUAAAGGGGACGGUAGACUCAUUUCUUGCCUUAUAUUGUUUUCUAUCUUUACGGAGAAUUGUCCGUCGCUUUCAGAUCUCCAGAGCGAAAAGCCAGCAUUAAUCAAAUUGCGGAGCAAAUUCAGCAGCCGAGACAGAGAUUGAAGAAAAUUCAGAGCAUAGGGAAUUGCGAGAAAAUUAAAUCAGCGCUGCGCCACUGUCAAUUGCGAAAAGCAAAAAACUAUUUACAAUUACAAAGAUAUAAAAACGGAAUUGUUAUUUACAAUUACAACAAUAUCAAAAAAGAGUUGCUACUGGUUGCAAGACAAAGGUUCUCUGCACAAAGGCAAAAAUGAAUUUUUCAUCAAGACAUCAGUCGACUGUUGAUAUUGACGAAGCUCAACUAAUUGAGGACACGAAAAUUCCAGAAUAUUAUUUGGGAGAUUUUAACACACCAGUGAAGGAAGGAAUCAAGGCACCCAAAUUCCCUGUACUAGUGUUCAUCAACUCUAAGAGUGGUGGUCAGCUUGGAGUGCAGCUUCUUACUACAUACCGUGGUAUUUUGAAUCAUUCUCAGGUCUUUGAUUUGGGGGAGAAAUCACCAGAUCAGGUCUUGCAUACAUUUCUAGGAAAUUUAGAAAAGCUGAAAGCUCAAAAUGAUGUGGUUGCAGCUGAGAUCAGGGCAAAUUUGCGAAUAAUAGUUGCAGGGGGAGAUGGCACUGCAGGUUGGCUUUUGGGAGUAAUAAGUGACCUCAAACUCGAGAACCCACCACCAGUGGCAACUGUCCCACUAGGCACAGGAAACAAUCUACCUUUUUCUUUUGGCUGGGGAAAGAAGAAUCCUGGAACUAAUCGUGAAUCUGCAAAGAAAUUUUUAUUCCAAGUGACGAAGGCAAAACCUAUGAAAGUAGACAGUUGGCAUGUAAUCAUGAGGAUGCGAAUUCCAACAGAAGGUUCGCUUGAUCCAUUGCCACCUUUAGAGCUACCACAUUCUCUUCAUGCUUUCAAACGUGUAUCUCAGUCCGACCAACUAAAUGAGGAAGGAUAUCAUACCUUUCGUGGAGGAUUUUGGAAUUACUUCAGCUUAGGCAUGGAUGCACAAGUAUCAUAUGCUUUUCAUGCGGAAAGGAAAUUGCAUCCAGAAAGAUUCAAAAAUCAACUUGUGAAUCAGGGAGCUUAUGCUAUGAUUGGAUGGUCACAAGGAUGGUUUGUUGCUUCACUUACACAUCCUUCUUCAAAGAAUAUCCUUGAACUUACUAAAGUGAAAGUUGCAAACCACCAUGGUUUGUGGGAAGAACUUCACAUACCUCGCAGCAUUAGGUCAAUUGUUUGCCUCAAUUUACCCAGCUUUUCUGGUGGCUUAAAUCCUUGGGGUAUGCCAAAUGAUAAAAAAUCUCGAGAGAGAGGAUUGACUCCUCCAUUUGUAGAUGAUGGACUGAUAGAAGUGGUUGGGUUCCGAGAUGGUUGGCAUGGACUCGCUAUACUGACUCCCAAUGGUCAUGGAACACGCCUUGCACAGGCACAUAGGAUUCGUUUUGAAUUUCACAAGGCGGCUACAAAACACACAUACAUGAGAAUGGAUGGAGAGCCCUGGAAGCAGCCUCUUCCAACAAAUGAUGACACUGUAACUGUUGAAAUAUCUCAUUUUGGACAAGUUACAAUGCUUGUUACUGAAAACCGUAUAGCUAAGAGCAUACAUGAUGCAAAGGACUCUAUCGCAACUACAGAAGAGGAAGCUGAAGUAGAGGAAGAAAUUGGAGAUGAAGAUGAAAUUGAAUUAAGAAGAAAAUUUGGUGCAGCAAGUACCUUCAAAAUAGAUGCAGAUCACAUAGAUUGAUCAUUUGUCAAUUGCCAUUAUUCAUUUGUUCCAUCAGUAACUGCAGUAUAUUUUCAUCUACUCUUUUAGAAAGGCUUAUUUUCUUUAGUAGGGAGCAAUUUACGUUCAUCAUGAACUGGUAUGGUAUUUGACUGAUGGUGUUUGAAUUUUAGAGGAUAAGGAUGGACAGAUGUCAAGGGUUAACAUUGCUUGUAGCAUAUUGUGUAACAUUAUAACAUAUUCUUUUCAAGUAAUCAUGGUUGAGUUGUCA